ACAGUUGACACUUCCGUUUCCGAGAGGCAAGGAGCCGCAACAUCAACAUCCCCCAGCAGAAUCACUUACUAACACAAAACUCUUAAUAUUUUUAGAUAAAGGAGUUUGAGGAUGUCGGGACAGAAGCGUCCUGCUGACCCGAACUGCGGUCCCUCGUCCUCCGGUGCUCCCGCAGAGAAGCGGAGGGACAGGGAGGGAGAGGACGGAGGUCCCGGUGUCAGCGCUGCAGGCGGCGGGAGCACCGCGGUGGAGACGGUCAUCAAAUUGGGAGGAGUGUCCAACUCUGAAGAACAGGACAUUAAAGCUCUGCAGACUAAGAACAGAAAAUUGGGAGAAUCCCUCGAUCAAAGACAGGUGAUUGAGGAUGAGUUGCGAGAGAGAAUUGAGCGACUGGAGACCCGCCAGGCCACUGAUGAUGCCAGUCUGCUGAUCCUCAAUAGAUACUGGAACCAGUUUGAUGAGCACGUCCAGCUUAUUACCAGGCGUUAUGACCAAGCAAACAGCGAACCGGAGAAAUCUCCUGCAGCUGAGGGGCGGAGCCUGAAGCCAGAAACGCCAGAACCGGAUGGCGACUCAAACCAGGAGAGGGUUAAGGACAGAGGCCACCAGGGAGAGACAUCCAACUCCUUCCUGGCCACACUAGCAAGCAGCAGCAGCGAAGAGAUGGAAGCUGAGCUUCAGGUGAGAGUGGAGUCGAGUCUGAAACAGGCCAAUCGGGUGGUGGAGAUAUAUGAAUGUCUGAAGCGCACUGUGGACCAACUGAAAACAGAGCUGGACUCUGGAGCUGAGGGCAGUUCAUGGAAGCUUGCUUCCACACUGAACUCCCUCCUGACUACUGAAAAUGAGCGGCUGCUACAACUGACCGUGGACCUUGAACAAAAGUACAGUCACAUGACGAGUGAGUCCCGCUCUCUGAGUCGUGCAGCUAACAAAGCGGAUCAGCGUGUGAGCGAGCUACAGGUUCUGAUCGAAGAGCUCCAGUGGGACAUGGAGAAGAUUCGCCGCCGGGAAAAUCGACUGAAUGCUCACCUAAUUGAAAUACUGGAGAGGGUGAACAGCAAAGGCUAUAAGGUGUGUGGAGAGGCCAGCAGUGUAUGUGGGACCAUCACAAUUAACAAGAGAAAGUUUGAGGAAAUGAACAGUGAGUUAGAGGAGAACCAGGAGCUGGCAGACAACCGUCUCAAUGAGCUGCAGAAGUUAGAACAAGACCUGCAAAGUGUUCAACAAGAGAACAACAACAUGAAGGCAGAGCUGAUGAGUCGAGCGGAGGGCAUGGUGAAGGAGACCUCGGAGUAUCGAUGCCUGCAGUCCCAGUUUUCUGUCCUUUAUAAUGAGUCUCUGAUCCUCAAAUCUCAGUUAGACGAGACACGCACUCGCCUUAACACAACCAGGACAGCACGCCUUCGACAGCUAGAGCACAUGGAGAAUGAUGAGGUAACACUGCAGAGGAAGGUUCGUACAGAAGUGUUUCAACUGGAGGACACGCUGGCUCAGGUCAGGAAAGAGUAUGAGAUGUUGCGCAUCGAAUUUGAACAGACUCUUGCGGCUAAUGAACAAGCGGGUCCUAUUAACAGGGAGAUGCGGCAUUUGAUUAGCACACUGCAAACCCACAACCAGCAGCUGAAAGGAGAGGUAGUGAAAUACAAGCUGAGACUAAGGGAGACACAAUCUGAGCUCAACCAGGUCCGUGCAUCAAAGGGCAACGCCAUCCUCCAAUCCCAGUCAAGCACAGAGAUGGACGUGAAGGAUGAAACAACCUCUCCUUCAACCCCAGCCGUCUCUGGAGAACCUGCGGUCAAGACGGAGCCUGACAAUGACUCCUCAGCAGCCAGCAGCACUGGCACCACAGUGAAAUCAGAGCCUGGAGUGGAACAAGAGGCAACAGUAAAAGAGGAGGAGAAAGAAGAGAAGAAAGAGAAGGAGGAAAAGAAAGACAAGGACAUUAUAAAGAAAGAGGAAAAAGACAGAGAGCGGGAGAAAGAGAAGGAAAAAGAGAGAGAGAGGCCGACCCGCAGCAGUGGGAGCAGUAGCAGUGUGAUAAAGGAAGAGAAGGAGAAGCCAGGGAGCAGCAGCCAACCAGAGGAGUCAACUGGGGAGCGCUUGUCUACGGUGGGAGGGUCAAAGAGGAAGGAGAUGGAGCAGCUCAAGAUUGUCCGAGGAGAGCUCAAGAAAGCCCAGGAGUCCCAGAGAGAGAUGAAGCUGCUGCUGGACAUGUACCGCUCAGCACCGAAGGAGCAAAGGGACAAAGUUCAGCUCAUGGCUGCAGAGAAAAAGGCCAAGUCAGAGGGAGAGGAGCUGCGGCAAAGGCUGAGGGAGCUGGAGGAGCGAGAGAGGAGGGAGGGCAAGAAAAUGGCAGAUGAAGAGGCAUUAAGGAAGAUCCGCUCUGUGGAGGAGCAGAUUGACAUCCUCAACAAGAAACUCUCAAUAGCCAAGCAGGAGGAGGAUGCGCUGCUGAGCGAGAUGGAUGUGACGGGCCAGGCCUUUGAGGACAUGCAAGAGCAGAACAUCCGCUUAAUGCAGCAGCUCAGAGAAAAAGACGACGCCAACUUCAAGCUGAUGAGCGAGCGGAUCAAGUCCAACCAGAUCCACAAGUUGCUGAAAGAGGAAAAGGAGGAGCUGGCUGACCAGCUGCUAACUUUAAAAACUCAGGUCGAUGCCCAGCUGCAGGUGGUAAGGAAGCUUGAGGAGAAAGAGCGCCUCCUGCAGGGUACCAUCAGCACUGCUGAGAGAGAGUUGGCACUCAGAACGCAGGCACUGGACAUGAACAAACGCAAGGCUCAGGACUCUGCAUCGCUGUCAGAGGAGGUACGAACUCAGCUGGAGCAGGUCCAACAGAGGCUCAGCCUGGUCAGAGAGGAGGUCAUUGAAAACAGUAUCUCAAGGGAAAAAGAGUCGUUCAACUCUCGACGUGCACAGGAGGACAUCUCUAAACUUAGGAGAAAGAUUGAAAAAGCCAAGAAACCGGCUGAGAAGAUAAGCAAUGGUGAUGAUAUCCUAAAUGAAGAAAUCAAUGAUUACAAGGCUCGUCUAACGUGUCCAUGCUGCAACUCCCGGGUGAAGGACGCCGUACUCACAAAGUGCUUCCACGUUUUCUGCUUCGAGUGUGUUAAAACGCGCUACGACACACGCCAGAGGAAGUGCCCCAAAUGCAACGCCGCCUUCGGAGCCAACGACUUCCACCGCAUUUAUAUCGGCUAAAAAUGGGCAGGUUCCUCUCAUGGCCGCGCACGAGAAGAAAGGGUCGUCGGUUGUAGCAGUGGCACAAACACUGCUGCAGGCAUCGCUGCACUCCCCUUUGGUUUCCGUGUCAGACUUUGUUUCUAUAUAUAUCUAUGGGUGUGUUUGCAGGAUCAGUGUUGAACUGAUGCUCUGACCUGAACACUGACUGGAUUUAUCUCUGGUAUCCACUACUUUACUGUGUGCUGUCAGAUACUGGAGGUUAAAGAGAGUAGAGGAGGGAGAUGUUGAGGUUUGUUUGUGUGUUUUGGAAACAGUCCAGUGACACAAACCAGUGCACAAAGGAAAUUAAUAUUACAGUGAAAAAACAGCAUUCCUUACAUUGUAGUGUAUGAUUGUAACAUGUCACUGUAUGUAUAUACUGUAUUCCAUUAUUGUUUUGUUUUGCUUUAUUUUUUAAUUUUAAAUGUGCCUCUUGUUGCCCCAAACAUCUGGCUUGACAACUGUGUUUCUUGUUGCCGUCUGGUUAAUAAACUGCCAUCAAUGGUG